GUCAAUCCGUCUCCUUCGUCCAGAAUCGUCCUGUCCUAUCUCGCAUCCUUUUGCCACGACCAAGCACCACCCAUGGACUCUCUCCCGCCGCCCCCCUCGCUCCCGCCGUCCAGGUCAGACCCAUCUCCGCCCGCUCUCCCCUGGCCCGACCUCAUCGCCGGCGCAGCCGCCGCGACCCGCCGCCUCGUCUCCGCCCACUCACGCCACUUCCUCGCGCUCUCCGCCCUGCUCCUCCUCCCGCUCUCCCUCCUCCUCCUCUCCCUCCCGUCCCCCUUCCUCCUCCCCGCACCAUCCCCUUCCGUCUCCCUCCGAUCCCCUCGAGACUCGCGCCAGCAAACCCCCCUGCGCGCCCCCCUCCCGCUCCUCGCGCUCGCGGCGGCGCUCCUCUACCUCGCGGCCUUCGCCGCCGUCGCCACCAGCGCGCACGCGGGAUUCUUCGGCCGCCCGGUCAAGCUCCUCGCCUCGCUCCUCUCCGUGCCCGCAUCCCUCCUCCGCCUCCUCCUCACAGCCCUCCCGGCCUCCCCUCUCCUGCUAAUCCCCUUCCUCCCACUGCCCCCCGCACUCGCCACAGCUCUCGCUGCUCUCGGCGUCCUCCUGUUAUCCCCCUUCUGGUCCCUCGCAGGCGCCGCGGCCGUCGUGGAGUCCGCAUCCGGGCCCUGCUCCCCUCUGCGCCAGAGCUGCCGGCUGCUCUCCGGGGUGCGCCUCGCGGCGGUAUCCGCCUUCACGUUCUUCGCCGCCGGCGUCGGGGUCACGCUCUGGGGUUUCGGCGGGGUGGCCACCGAGACCUACGACGCCGGUGCCGGCUGGGCCGGGAUGGCGCCCGUGGUGGUGAAGGCCGUGGCCGGCACGGCGGUGCUGGCCUUGCUGAUGCUGUAUGGAAUGGUGACCAACGUCGUGCUGUAUAUGCACUGCCGUGCGAUCCAUGGGGAACUCACCGGGGAGAUUUACAACGAAUUCGCCAACUCGUAUGUCUUCCUUCCGUUUGAUGAGGGCAAGGAUCGGCAUGUCGUGUCGGUCGUCACGGUGUGGCCGUGAAUCCAUGAUUGUCAGCUGUCACGGCAGCUGGAUCAUGGGGAGUUUAUAAGCUCCAAGCGCAGUUUUGAUCACAUCAUUAUCAUAUAUGAUUGUGUGUUCAUCGCUGUUCCCCUGUGCAUAAAGUGUGUGUUCGAUUGUGCAGUUGUUAAGAUCUAAUAGUGUCUUGUUACCCUCAGACAUGCUGUGCUCUGAAGCCUGAAUCUGAACAAAAAAAGGAUCAGUUAUGUAUGUGUACACUGUUGUCUCCAUAUGAACUGAAUAAUACUAAUUAUCGUGAGGAGGAUUUACCUCAUCUGGAAAUCAUAGAGGUAGAUCAGAGAUGACUGCCCCUGUUAAAAGACA